GUAGCGGAACGCCGAGCGAGCGGCGCCGCGCCGAUGCGCUCGCUGCUCGCGCCGGGCCCUGGCGCCUCCCGGCCGCCACUUCCGCCGGCGCGGGCCCGCGGGAGGCGGCGAUCCCGGCGGGCGGGCGGGACGCGCUGGCGGGGGGCGGCCGGCCGGAGCCGCCGUGCCCCUCCUUGCCCGCCGGACAGGUACGGGGCGGGACCGCUCCCCGCUCCUUCCCUCCCUCCCUCCCUCAGUGACGGGGGGCGAGCGGGAAGGAGGCGGGGUCGCUUCCUGCGAAGCGUCGCCCGGCAUCAGGGGGCCAUGGGCGCGACGCUUUCUGACAGAAAACACACAGAAGAAGAAAAGCGGGCAGAAGACACCAACAGCCCCGAAUGCAGCGAACCAGGAACCAUGGAUCUGAAAUUCACUUCAUCGAGAAAAUACAUUUCCAUCAGUGUACCUUCCAAAUCUCAAGCUAUGUCUCCCCAUAUCAAAUCAGUAGAUGAUGUUGUAGUUCUUGGUAUGAAUCUCAGCAAAUUUAGCAAACCUACUCAAUUUUUCAUCUGUGUUUCUGGAGUUUUUAUGUUUUAUCUAAUCUAUGGAUAUUUACAGGAAUUGAUAUUUUCAGUGGAAGGUUUUAAACCUUUUGGUUGGUACCUCACUUUAGUGCAAUUUGGAUUUUAUUCCAUUUUUGGACUAAUAGAAUUGCAGUUGAUUCAGGACAAAAGAAGAAGAAUUCCUGGCAAAACCUACAUGAUAAUAGCAUUUUUGACAGUGGGAACUAUGGGUUUGUCAAAUACCUCUUUAGGAUAUCUGAAUUACCCUACUCAAGUCAUCUUCAAGUGCUGUAAGCUGAUUCCAGUUAUGAUAGGUGGGGUUUUUAUACAAGGAAAACGUUACAAUAUUAUAGAUGUGUCUGCUGCCCUAUGUAUGAGCCUUGGAUUAAUAUGGUUUACUUUAGCUGACAGCACAGUUGCACCAAACUUCAACUUGACAGGUGUGAUCCUAAUAUCCCUUGCCCUCUGCGCAGAUGCAGUAAUAGGAAAUGUACAGGAAAAAGCUAUGAAGUUGCACAAUGGUUCUAAUUCAGAAAUGGUUUUGUAUUCCUAUUCAAUAGGGUUUGUGUAUAUUUUAUUUGGAUUAACAUGCACUAGUGGAUUAAGCCCUGCAGUAACAUUUUGCUCAAAGCAUCCAGUUCAGACUUAUGGUUAUGCAUUCCUUUUCUCCUUGACUGGGUAUUUUGGCAUAUCCUUUGUUCUAGCUUUGAUUAAAAUCUUUGGUGCCCUUCUCGCUGUAACAGUAACAACAGGAAGAAAAGCAAUGUCCAUUGUGCUGUCUUUUUUGUUCUUUGCAAAGCCAUUCACAUUACAGUACGUGUGGUCAGGCUUACUGGUUGUUCUUGGUAUAUUUCUUAAUGUUUACAGUAAGAAUAUGGACAAAAUCAAACUGCCUUCACUGCUUGGUCUUUGGAAAAAAAGUGUGGAAGAAAGAAAAUCAAGGACGUUGUCACAAACUGUAUAGACAGUGGUUCAUGCCUUGUCUAGAUUUUGACUCACUAUUUUAUUGGAACAUCUUCAACUGAUUCACUUUCCAAAGGGAAUGUUAUUAAAACCAAAGGAGCUGAAGGCAUAUUGUCUGCUUGCAGAUUGCUAUAAAUGCACACUUUCAUGAGCCCUUUCUUCAGAGCACUUGAAUUCAUCACAAACGGUGUUGUAGGCCAUUGUCAGAUGGUUUUAUCAGCAAUGAAGGACAGCAGCUCCUGGCAAACUGCUGAGAAGCUGCACUCAAGUGGGACACAGUAGAAGAUUAGUUUUGGGCAUUUUAAUAAUAUUCGCCAUGUGGCUGAUCUGAAAUUAGUGAUUCUUUGUUAACUGUUUAGGUGGGUAAUUUAAAUGUAAUACUGUACUAAUCACCAACUGGUUGACCAAAUUGUGAAUUUAAAGGUGGAAGGUUUAGAAUACAGUAUGUUGUCACUCUUUUACAUUUUAAAUAAAAAUGUUGGGGUUUGUUUAAAUUAUUGUUUAGAUCAUCACAGAACUUGAUAUUUAUUGUAAUAGUUGAAAUUUUUAUUGAAAUCCUAGUGUUACUCUAUUUGAGUAUUGCUUGCAAGUCACAAAACUGAGAUUGCGUUUAUGCAGUCAACACUCAUGCUUUUGCUAGGGGGAAAUGGGCUUUUAGGCCUGACAGGGGUGAGAUGGAAACAGUGGUGUAAGAAACUGUUAUUUGCUUAAUCUGUGGUGAAAUACUUAAUUUUUAGUGCCCUAUGGCCCUCUCUAUCAUUGUGGUAUAAAGAGACAUGGAAGUUCUCCUUAAAUUUCUAUAAUCAAAUCAAAAUUCUUCAAUUUCAGUAUUGGGGUAAAUAAUAACAGCAUCAGCUAAUGUGAUUGGAAUAUGUAUUAUGUCAGUCUGUGUGGUCUUAGUGAUGAAGUUAAGAGGAUUAGAGUACAGAUUACAGUUUUCUUUCUUCAGUGACAGGAGGAGACAAUGUGCUACCAGUCUGUCUUUUUCAUCAUGAAUUUAGGAAGACUAAGUCCAUUUAUCGCUCUUUCUUUUAUAGUCAACUUGCUUUUGAAUCACUUGCCAUCUCUUUCAUUUUAUAUAUUUAACAACAGCACUUUAAAAAUACUAAUCACCUUACCAAUCAUUGUUCUUACAUGGUCAUGGUUUUUUUGUUGUGUCCCUUAGAUGCAUCUUGGUGUAUGUUCUUUCAACUUAGACAAAAAUUAAUUAGAUAAUAGAAAUAUAUAGUCAGAAAGAACAUACAAAAAAUUAAAAAAUCUCACAGGAUGGCCUCCUGUCAAAAAUACUAGUUGAUGAAAAUAUUUGAGAUAUACAAAAUGUUUUUCAGACACUUAAAAAGAAUUGCUGUUCAAAGGAGCUUGUAAUCAAAGCACAGACACAAAAUGUGCCUUAAAAUUGUCUUAUUUGUUUGGUAGCUUGCAUAUGCCAUGUGAAAUAUGUUAUGGACUAGAGCAUGGAAUAACAGGCAGCUGAGCAUGAUUGGAAGAACAAGAGAAGAGCUGUGCUGACAUAACUGCACUGUUCCCAGCGCUGACACUUCUCUAGGGUGUCAGCAAAGCCUCUCAACACAUACAAACCCACUGUUGCCAACUCAGGAGAAUGUAUUGCAUGGAAGAGUUUUGGAUUUUAAAUUCCCAGCUGCUGCAUGAUUGAUUGUGUCCUGGAUGAGGUAGAGAGGUGAGAAUUUGAUGAACAGAUACACCUUGAAGGAGACAGAUGGCCUGCCAUGGCUGUCCAUUUUCAUGUUGCAGCCAAAGUUUUAUUUUAAGGUAUAAUAAAGCAUUCCAAUUACAGAUUUGGUGUAAGAGUGCAUUUGACCAAGUCAAGGGGAUUGAUACACUUCUUUCCCUGUAAUAUUUAUCAACUCUUACAUUCCCUUGCAUUCUUUUCACUAAAUGAAGUUGAUCUUUCCAGUGAGGUUAAGAUAAUUUUACAGUCCUCAUUCUGCCAGCUGUGAACUCUGCCUGUUGCUAAAUGUUAUUAAUCUUCAGGAAAACAAAUUAUGUGAAAGCUACAAUAUAUGCAGAAAGUCAUAGUAAAUAUAACUCAUUUGGCAUCUGUUUUAUUUAAAUAGGUGAGAAGUCACAAAGUUUCUGGCUAGAAUUCAAAUGUAGUAUGUAUGUUUCUGGAUGGUUAAUAUAAUCUAGUUUUGUCUCUACUGUCUCUCUUUGGAGAGAAUAGUAAUCACAAUAAUUCACCUUUUAAUUUAUUUUCUGUUGUAUACAGGACUGAGUUAAUGAGCUAUCGUUAGGGGAAGUUUUGAUUUAUUUUUUUAAUAAUUUUCUUAACUGUAGAAGUGUAUGUUUUGUUUUACUGGUGUACUUCAAAAUUAUUUUUAUAUACAAAUGGAUAUUGUAGGUUUACUAUUCAUAGCAUAGAUUUAAGAGUUAGCCCUUUAUUUUCAUAGGUGUGAGUCUAGUACUUGCCAAUCAACAAUAUGUGUGUUAAAGAAAAUGCACACACAAGUGAGAGUAGUUCAUAAUUUGCCACAUAUCAUGGUCUGUGCAGUUUCAUGCCUUCUUUAAGAAAACCUUCAUUUCAGUGAAUUGCUGUUUGUUGGGUUGUGGGGUUUUUUUAAUAAGCUUCAUAGUGCAUGCAAGUUAGAAAACCUUACAAACCUGCAAGUGUUCUUACUACAAAAUUUUGGGGUUGAGUCUUUUGUACUGUAUAUGUAUAUUGGUUUUGUGUUGUCUAUGAAAUAUGAAUAAGGGCUUGUCCACAAAGUACCUGUAAAUUAUUUAUUUUUUGUGUAAGAGCACUUAUAAUGGGGUAUUGGUUAACCCUUCCCAGUGCUGAAGGCUGGUCAUAGUAACUGUUGGAUUUUAUACUUCUUGUUUCCUGGGAUCUGCAGUAGGCAUGGUGAAACUAUAGGAAAAAAGCAAUCAAUUCUUUCACCAGAAAAUUUGUUAUCUAAAGAUAAUGUGAAUUAGUUGCUUCUUAUUCAUGUGCUACACAACUUAUUCCUCUCUAUAAAAAAAAAAAAAAUCUCUGAUGUAGGAAUUAGUUAUAACAGCAUUGAAAUGCUCAGUAAAAUUUAAGUCUGACCAGCAUCUCCAUUGAUGUCAGCAGUCUACCUUUGUGAUAACUGCUUCUGCCUCCUUUGGAUAGCUGAGGGAGCUCUGUUUUCCUAAAUCAACAUGCAUUUGCAGUUGCUUUCAUAUUACAUUUUUGCAUUUGUCUGGCACACUUCAGUAAUGAAAUAAUUGACUGUACAGUGGAUUUCUUCAGUAUUUCAGUACUUCAGUAUCAGCAAAACUGCUGAUUACACAGGUACUUGUGUGGGAAUACAAGUGUGAAAGAACUUAUGCCCUGCCCUCCAAACCUACAGUAUUUCCUGAUCUUGCAUUAAACUGUUUUUCUUCAUCUUGUUUUACAACUCCUGUGCUUUGGACUUACCAAACAUUUUAAGCUAAAGCUUGGGCUUUAUAUCAUUCCUACUUGUCUUCCCUACUUCCUUACUUGUCUUUCUUGCUUUUGGAUGUGAAAUCCUUUUUCAACAUGCUCUUUUUAUGCACUGUGGAUUGUUUCAGGUUUGUAUUCCUGCAUUUAAGGGCUUACAUCACACUGUUGCAGGUUAGUCACAUUUCAGAUUUUCUGUUUGAUAUCAUUUAUAACCAUCUGGGUGAUUAUUUUAAAUCCUUUACUCUCCAUGAAAAAAUCUUUCAUACUUCUCAUUAUUUUUGAUAAGGCCUUGAUGAGUGCACAUAUGAGUUAACUCCUUGACCUCAUUCCAUCUUCCAAGAAAAUCUCUCUUCUCCCUUGCCUGCCUGUGAGAACUAGAGGAAGAAGAGAUAAAUUAUUUCAAGUGCUCUUUUUUUUUCCUUUAAUAAGUGCCUUCCUCACUAACCUGGUAUGUCUUAAUUGUUUCUUUUAUUUCUGCCUCCCAUGCUCCCAGGCACAAACAAGCCCCUCUCUCAUGUUUGAAUGCUGCUUGUUCAAUCAUGGAAACUUUUUGAGUUGUUUACUGUUCUGAAGAGAGGUAUAAAAUUGCAUGUAUACUCUGGAGGGCAGGAAAUAAUAAGUAAACUUCACAAGUUAAGGAAGUAAUUAAAUGGAUUAAUACUUUUUUUUCUGGAGGGAUUUUAUAUAUGGUUUAGUUAAUAGCUCAGAAUUUGUUAGUGGAAGGGGUUUUCUUUUACAUUUUACCUGUUAAAAAGUCUUUAUAUUAAUUUUAAUAUUUAAUAUAAAACUCCUAAUGUUUCAGCUUUUAGAGAUUAAUUUCAGCCUUGCCUAUGAGGCAGAAAAGCCCUAUCUCCAUUCAGAAAUG